CCAAGAUGGCGACCGAAGCAGACGCACACUUUAGUAGCUGAGCAGCUCUUCGGAUUUCUAUCCCUUAUUUCCAAGAUUCAACUUAAUACGAUGCACUAAAAAACCUACAAAUAUUGUGUAAACACUCUCAGAACCUACCGAAUACUGGUCUUUUYUUUAAUAUUGACUUAACAGCCUUUUCUGCCUAUUGGAUCACGCAGCUAAUAUUGCUAAGCUAACGGCUACAUCGUGAACAGUGUGUGGAACCUSUGUCUCUGCCAACAUGAAGCCAAAUGACCAAGGAAAGAAACGCAAAGAGAAAGAACCUUUGGUCAACAUAAAAGUUAUGUCUUUUGGAGCACCAGAUAUUCCUAAAACAACAGCAACAAACCUAUCAGAAAAUACCGCAUSUACUGUUGCUACAUCAGCUAACGUGAUGGAUCGUGAUUACGCAGCAUCUGAAGCUUGCGCCGCUGAUAAUCAAGAUGAUGAUCUUAAAUCCCUGCCGUUAUCUACUCCUGAUACACCGGUCAAGCCAAAAGAAAAAAAGAAAAAGGCUGAUAUAU